AUGGAAAUACACUGUAAGCACGACCCGUUUGCAUCCAUGCAUAGACAUGGAGGAGUGAAUCAGCUUGGGGGGGUUUUUGUGAAUGGACGGCCACUCCCGGAUGUAGUCCGCCAAAGGAUAGUGGAACUUGCUCAUCAAGGCGUCAGGCCCUGUGACAUCUCCAGGCAGCUUCGAGUCAGCCAUGGUUGUGUCAGCAAAAUUCUUGGCAGGUAUUAUGAGACAGGGAGCAUCAAGCCUGGGGUAAUUGGAGGAUCCAAACCAAAGGUCGCCACACCCAAAGUGGUGGAAAAGAUCGCUGAGUAUAAACGCCAAAAUCCCACCAUGUUUGCCUGGGAGAUCAGGGACCGGCUGCUGGCAGAACGGGUGUGUGACAAUGACACAGUGCCCAGCGUCAGUUCCAUCAACAGGAUCAUCCGGACAAAAGUACAGCAGCCACCCAACCAGCCGGUCCCAGCUUCCAGUCACAGCAUAGUGUCCACGGGCUCCGUGACGCAGGUGUCCUCGGUGAGCACGGACUCGGCUGGCUCCUCCUACUCCAUCAGCGGCAUCCUGGGCAUCACAUCCCCCAGCGCCGACACCAACAAGCGCAAGAGAGACGAAGGUAUUCAGGAGUCUCCUGUGCCGAACGGCCACUCACUGCCGGGCAGAGAUUUCCUCCGGAAGCAGAUGCGGGGAGACCUGUUCACGCAACAGCAGCUGGAGGUGCUGGACCGCGUGUUUGAGAGGCAGCACUACUCGGACAUCUUCACCACCGCGGAGCCCAUCAAGCCUGAGCAGUGGUGCCCCGUGCUGAUGAGACAAUACUUGGUGCAGCCCCAGGCAGUCCUUUUCCAGACCGCCGAUUAUUCCACCAUGGCCUCGCUGGCAGGAGGGCUGGAUGACAUGAAGGCCAACCUGACCAGUCCCACCCCCGCUGACAUCGGGAGCAGUGUGCCUGGGCCGCAGUCCUACCCCAUUGUGACAGGCCGCGACUUGGCGAGCACGACCCUCCCUGGGUACCCUCCGCACGUGCCCCCCGCCGGACAGGGCAGCUACUCGGCACCGACGCUGACGGGGAUGGUACCUGGCAGUGAGUUUUCCGGGAGCCCCUACAGCCACCCUCAGUAUCCCUCGUACAACGAUUCCUGGAGGUUCCCCAACCCGGGGCUGCUUGGCUCCCCAUACUAUUACAGCGCUGCUGCUGCCAGAGGAGCUGCCCCGCCCACAGCUGCCACUGCCUACGACCGCCACUGA